AUGACACAGAAGAAAAAAGCCUCGUAUAUGAGAAUUGAAAUUUGUGGAGCUAGUGAGUUAUUUUUCUUUUCUCAUUAAAGAGGAUAUAAAUCAACAAAUUAAAUUAUUUCUAUGUAAUUGACUGUCGUUGCACGUUCACACACAAAUCAUUUAGGGAUGUUUUACUCAAAUCUCCGAUACCCUCAGUCUUUUUUUCGAUGUGCCUAUAGCGCCUGUAUCCUGGAACACAUAGAUAAAAAUGUUAGUUUAUUAUAAUUCCUAUCUUUCCAGCUCUGUUACCAGUUAAACCUUCAAACCUCAUGGUCACUAACAUCAAGUCAAGAAGUGCUGAAAUAUCUUGGCUAGAUUCUGAGAACACAGGAGAUAGAAAUCUUACAGGAGUGUGGAUUAAACUGAAAAAAGAGAACUCUCUUAUCCUGAAUACUACCAAAGAUAAAGUCAACAAAUACAAAUUAGAUAAACUCACUCCAUACACUGCAUAUAAAAUAUCAGUCGCUGCUCGAAAUAAACAUGGUUUUGGUGAAGAGACUAUUACUUCGUUCACAACAUCAGAAGAAGGUGAAAUAGAUAAAAACGUAGACAAUUCAUAGGAUUAUUUGUGAAUCUGCAAAGUGUAAAGUUUUUUUUCAUUUCUUACAAAACCAGUAGCUUUUACCCUUUCAAAUAUAGGUUAAUAGACUGGUAUCCUUAUUUAAUGGUAUGAAACUGUAACAGAAAAUUUGUGGUUAUUACAAACUACAACCUUGAUCGUCAAUAUCAUUUAAGAAAGAUUAGUCUGAUGUUCGUUUAAUUCUUUAUUUUUGUCCAACUAUUCUUAAUUUUUCUAUCUGUACGCGUUGUCCAGCGUGGCUGGUUUCCCUAGGGAAGGUACCAUGCUGGUUUUAAGGAAUUGCAACAACUCUCGCACACAAUGAUGAUAUUAUUAUUAUCGCAUAUCAUGGCUAAUAUUCAGCAGAAUUGUCAUGCAUUAUCACUAAAGAAUCGCCCUCCCCGUACACCUCUAAGGACACUAAGUAAUAAAAUAUUAUAUUUUAUAAAACAACUCACCAUAUUAUCUAAAUUGAUGUUUAGCUCCAGAAGGUCCUCCACUGAAUGUCAAAGUGACGGCAGAAAGAUUAUCAUCAUUAUCUGUUACAUGGGAACCUCCUAAAAAAGACAAACGAAAUGGCAUGAUCGUCAACUAUACUGUGUGUAUCUCACAUGAAGAAUGUAAACCUUGCUUUGAAAAGCAUACUACAAAGGAAAAGAUGUUAAUCAUCAACAACUUGAAUGUCUCAACCAAAUAUUAUGUUCGUGUUCUUGCAAGUACUAAAGUCGGUUUUGGAAACUACAGUGAAAUUAAAGGGAAAUUUACUAAUGGAAGUAAGACAGUGUUCUCUUUGCAUUAAAACGUAAUUAAUAAAAGAAAGGAAAAACUUUAAACAAUAUUUGUAAAUCGGAUACAGAUUUCGUCCAGAUUUAGAUAAACCUUAGCUUUGAUUUUUUCGAUUAGUUAGAUGGAUACAUAUAUUUUACUUAAAGAAUUCUACAAAAGUUUUCUUAACGUUUAUAUCUGUAAGUGUUAGCCAGCAUGGCUAGUGUCCUAAUGAAGUUACCAUGUUGGUUAUGUGAAAUUGAAAAAACUCACACACUCAUUGUUUACUACAUGGUAAUAUUCUUAAUCCUUUCAAAUUUCAGGCAGGGACGAAAAUGAUGAUGGUCUUGAAAAAUAUCUUGCUGGAGUAAUAGUGUUAGCACUAACACUAUUAGCAAUUUUGCUGAUUAUAUCGUUCGUGAUUAUUGCAUACUUGAUCUAUCAAAAUCGUCGACUGAAAUCAUCAAAGGCAAACCCUGAGAACAAGAACAAGGACAGAAAUAUUUCAGAAGAAAUUGAUGAAAAUCCUGACAAUGAUGAUGCGAAUUAUGAAGACGUGGAAAACGAAGAGUCGACGUAUACAGCUCUCAAAAGACCUGGCCCUGGGGAGGAAGAAAUUGAUAGUCAUUUAUAUGCCCAUCUAAAUGAAGUACACACGAACUAUGUGAAUCAGUAGGAAACUGGAUUUUAAG